UAGAGUAUCUCUACACAUAAUCAGAGAGAAGAAGAAGAAGAUAAGCAUCUGUGGAUAUAAGCAGCAAGCUGAAAACAAGAAGAGCUGAGAUAGGUAGAGUUAUUUGAGGAGCAAUUCAUAAUUAAAGGAUACAGAGUGGGUAAACAGUGUGGCGAUGAUGGAGUGGGUCAGGACUGUGUGUUUAGUGCUCUGGGCUUUCACGUUCAACUCAGUAGCAGAAGAUUUAAAAGAGCAAGCCCUGAGACUGAUGGCUGACACUCCACUUAUAGAUGGGCACAAUGACCUUCCCUGGCAGAUGAGGAGCUUGUUUAAUAAUGAGUUCAACGCUGAGAACUUGUACAUACUAAACAUCACACAUACCAACAUCCCAAAAAUCAAAGAAGGGCGCCUCUCAGCCCAGUUCUGGGCAGCUUAUGUACCAUGUGAUACCCAGUACAAAGACGCAGUCAGACAGACCUUGGAGCAGAUUGAUGUAAUCCAUAGGAUGUGUCAUGAAUACCCAGAAGUGUUCAGAUUUGCUGCCAGCAGUCAAGAUAUAUUGGACACCUUUGAACAGAAUAAGACAGCGAGUCUGAUUGGGGUGGAAGGUGGACAUUCGAUUGACAGCAGUUUAGGCACCCUGCGCACCAUGUACCAACUGGGUGUCCGCUAUCUCACUAUCACACAUAGCUGCAACACACCAUGGGCAGAUAACUGGCUGGUGGACACAGGAUCUGAGCCUGAAGAGCAUAACGGUUUGUCUGAGUUUGGCAAGCAAGUGAUCUUGGAAAUGAACCGCAUUGGAAUGUUGAUUGACCUGUCUCAUGUGUCUGAGAAAGUCAUGAAUCAGGUGCUGGACAUCUCUAAAGCUCCUGUUAUCUUCAGCCACUCUUCUGCCUACAGUAUCUGUAAGCACAAGAGAAAUGUUCCUGAUGAUGUUCUCAGGAGAGUGAAAGAAAAAGAAGGGAUUGUCAUGGUUAAUUUUUUUAACGACUACGUAACCUGCAGUGUAAAUGCUAACAUCUCAGAUGUUGCUGAUCACUUUGACCAUAUCAAGAAAGUGGCUGGCUCUAGCAUCAUUGGAUUCGGAGGAGAUUAUGAUGGUGUGCCGAGGGUGCCGGUUGGUUUAGAGGAUGUAUCAAAAUACCCAGACCUGGUGGCUGAACUUCUUAGGCGCAAAUGGUCAGAGGAUGAGAUCAGAGAUGCUCUGGGAAGAAACCUACUGAGGGUGUUCAGAGAGGUGGAGAAAGUAAGAGAUGACCUAAAUGGUACCAAACCAGAUGAUAAACCCAUCCCUCUUAAAGAAGUUCAAAAUCCUUGCAGGACAAACUUUGGUUAUAAAGAAACAUCCAGUUCGGCAUGCAUAAAAUCUCUCUAUCCACUAGUCUUGGCUCUGGCACUACUGAGCAAUUUAUUAUAACCCCUCAAUGAACUGUCUACUACUCUUGUAGUACUCUUCUGGGAAUAAGCGAAGGAUCUUUGAUGAAGAUUUGGAUUGUAGAGAUAUUCUGUAAGGAAACGUUUUAGAGUUUUUAAAAGGUGCAGACUGAAGACGAAAAGAAAUUAGACAUAAUUAUUUUAAAAUGGCUUUUAUAUUCAGUAAAACAUGUGAACAGCUAUUCUUUAUGUCUUCCGUGUGUCAAACUAUGAGAUAACACAAAGGGAAGUAUGGGCAUUAUGCAAUGACUGAAAAAGUAAAGUGAAAAUAUCCAUAUUUGUGCCACGUUUCUAUAUUUGUCACGUUAGAGGUGAUGGUUUUCUGCUGAUUCAUUAAACGGUGAAAAAUCAGCAAAUUAUAUGCAGCUUUAUUUGAAAAUAGAUGACCAGAUACUCAUGAGAGAGAACAAUGAAUUCUAUAAAGCUAACCAAGUUCACUUCAGUUCUGUGCAUCGCUUAAAUUCGAUUCAAAUGACUGUGGCACGUGUUGUGUUGACAACAUCCACAGUGUGUCAGUCUUGUGCUGACUGUACAAAAAAACUAUCCAAAAGCUCCACCUGGUGGGCAUCAUAAGUCUCUGUAUGAUUUUCUAAGGGGGUCAGAUCAGGUAGAAACACCUUAGGGCGACAACUGCAUUUUUUAAGGGCUAGGUCAUGAGUUUCUGUAUGUUUUUACCAAAGAUUCUUGGAAGACAUUUAAUGCAUUCUGCUGAAUUACUUUUGACAACACUAAUAAAUAGUUUGAGAAAUGUUUGAAGAUCUUUCA